ACCAGCAAACAUCAGUCUUCUGUAGUUCUGUCAAAAAUUUGUGUUUGUUGUGAAGAUAUUUGAAUGGAUUUUCCAAUUUUAUAGAUAAUAAUACAUCAAAAUUGAGUUUCUUGUCAAACGAUAUUGGUUUUAUAAAUCUGCGAAACAGCAUUUUAGUGGCUGUAGAAUUAAUGUGAAUCAAAGAACUGGGAUCAGUUGUUUGUUAUAGGUUAGGUUCCCAUCUACGUGUUUGUAGUGUUGGCUUGAAAUUAUUAUUAUUUGUAUGUUAAGGAGUAAAUUUAUUUAAAUUUGAAUCAUGUCAAAAGUUUCUAAUCUUAUAGACAUUGGUUCACCGGGACGAAAACGUCUGCAGUUCCAGGACUUUCCAAUUACCGACAGUAGCAGUGUCGCAAAGUUGGAUGUGAAUGCUCAAUCUAUAUCAUUUUCUGAUUCACCGGAGGAUCCAUCAAUAGCAAGCCCUAAUCAAGAAGCAAAUGACAGUUUCUACCCAGAAUCAUUCCGGUCAUCGAGUUUAUUGUCUUUCGAAUUCUACCAGAGUUUAUUUGAUGUUAACACUGAUCAAGUUGUGGACAGAAUUAUUUGGUCAAUGGUACCGAGACCAAAGAUUAAUUACCUUCAGCACUACAUUGCAACAAAACCUGACUUGUACGGACCGUUUUGGGUGUGUGUUACACUAGUGUUCACUAUUGCAAUCAGUGGAAACAUAGCCGAUUAUAUGAGGACUGUUGAUCAACCAAUAUACAACCAUCACUGGAAAUAUGACUUUCAUAUGGUGUCAGCUUCUGCCAGUAUUAUAUUCUCCUACACCUGCUUCCUGCCUGUGAUUUUGUGGGCAGUCAUCAAGUGGCAGGGCGAUGUUGAAUCACCCCUGGGCCUCCUAGAACUCCUGUGCGUGUACGGCUACUCAAUGUCCAUCUUCGUACCGAUGUCGAUUUUGUGGCUGAUCCAGAUAGGUUGGCUGCAGUGGUUGCUUGUAUUCGCAGGCAGCCUCAUGUCAGGCUGUGUGCUAGUCAUGUCAGUGUGGCCAACCUUCAAGCAACGCGGCAUGCUGCUCAUGUUGAUCAUACAAGUGUUGCAUGUGCUGUUGGCUAUGGGGUUUAUGUUGCACUACUUCCAUGUGUCGAAUCCUACUAAGCCGGGGUUGGCACCCACUGUGGUCCCCAGUUUGAUAGCGACCCCCGUUCCCAAAGUGGUACCUGGGUUGUCACAUAAUGCUACAGUGUCUCACUGAAAUUACUAGUAGUGAAUUUGUAGAACUUAAGUUAUUCCUGAUGUGAGAAGAAGAGGACAGAAGAAGAAGAAGAAGAAGAAGAAGAAAAGAAGAAGAAGAGAAGAAGAAGAAGAAGAAGAAGAAGAAGAAGAAGAAAAGAAGAAGAAGAAAGAAGAAGAAGAAGAAGAAGAGAAGAAGAAAGAAGAAGAAGAAGAAGAAGAAGAAGAAGAAAAGAAGAAGAAGAAGAAGAAGAAGAGAAGAAGAAGAAGAAAAGAAGAAGAAAAGAAGAAGAAGAAAAGAAGAAGAAGAAGAAGAAAAAGAAGAAGAAGAAGAAGAAGAGAAGAAGAAGAAGAAAAGAAGAAGAAAAGAAGAAGAAGAAGAAGAGAAGAAGAAGAAGAAAAGAAGAAGAAGAAGACAGGAGAAGACGAGAAUAGAAGAAGAAGAGGAAAAGAAAACUCUCAUUCAUUAUUUCACACUCGCAUGUAUAGAGCUUAUUCCUGGUUUUCACAAUUAUAAUUAUGGUACAUAAUAGUCCAGUGUUUCAUUGAGAUUGAGUAUGUAAAUUGUGAUGAUAAUAUUGGGAAUGCUUUAGAGGAAUUGUAAAUAAAAUAUUAUGCAUAUUUCAGAUAUUUUAAUCACAUUACGGAGAAUAAACGUCAUAAAAUUACAAUAUAUUUUUGGUUUGCCUUUCAAUGUCUCCAUCAUCGGAAUAUUAUUACAUCAUUAAAUUUUUAUGUUUGAGUUUGACUCAAAAAUUGAUAACAAAAACGCUCAACAAGUAACAAACUUAAAGUUCAAUUGAAUUUUAAAAUUUGACAUCACAAAUCACCAACAUAAAUUUGGAAUAAAUUUCAAUACAAAAUUAUAAUUACAAUAACAGAAUUAUCAAAAAUAAAAAAGCUAUCAAUUGUACACUAUGAUAGAAUCGUUUCACUUGAGAAAAUAAAAAUAUAUUUAAUAUUUUUGCUACUAUCACCGGCGUUGUUACAAUGUUUAAAAAUAACAUAAUAGAAACUGAUCGACUUUAUAAAACUAUAGUAGGGUAGAUGUUACAGUUACUUCGGAACACAGUUUAAUAUCAAGUACAGCCACUUAUAUAUUGUUGUUUCAUAUUAUAAGCAAUGGAAGUUAUAAUACGUUUUCAAAUAAUAGAUCGUACACUACUGAAUUCUUUUUGUGAUUUAAAAUGAUUCUCAAACCAUUCAGACAUCUAUUCUGUUCAUUUGAUACUGUAUUCUUCUCUUUCUUAAUUGUUUCAAAUUCUAUAAAAAUAAUUGCAAGUUAUAAUACAAUUUACAAAUAAUAUGAAUUGUACAAUAUUGAAUUGUUUUGUUGUGAAUUAAAAUGGUUACAUUCAAAACACUCUACCAUUUAGGUAAUACUGUUUAAUUCUCCUUCUAGAAUUUUUGAAAUUACACAAAUUGUAAAUUUUAAUACAAUGUUCAAAGAUAAACUGUUUUUUUGUGGUUUAAAAUGGUUACAUUAAAAUCAAUCAACAAUCAAGACUGCAUAGCUGCUUUGUAUUGACCUCUUUCCAAAUUCCCUUC